UAACCCAAACCUGACGCGAACCAAGUUCUUUCGGGUUGGGCCCCGGGGUCGAUUUCCUUGCGCCCUUCCCAUGUCCAUCAUUCUUCUCUCCAUUCCCCGCUGUUCGUUUCUCCUGAUCUCUUCUCCCACCCUCGUCACACCGCCGCCGCGGUCGGUGGAGCUCCGCCGCCCCUCCCUCUCGAUCGGACCGCAGCCAUCCUUGCCGGAUCACUGGUCUGCAAUUAAUUGAAAGAGUCAGUAAGAUUGCCUGGCUAUUAAUAGCUUCUGAAUUCUAUACACACCCUGCAUUGUUGGUGAGCCAUACUCAUUGAUGGAUCGGCAAGCUCAUGAAUAUGCAGCAGCAAUGGCCUUUGCUCAGCAGCAACAACAGGCCAGCAUGCAACAGCAACAGCAGUUUGGUUUCCACCCACAACCUCAACAAUUCCCUCACCAAGUACAUGCCCCGCCCUUCUUGGCCCCUCAUCCCUCACUUCAACAAAUUCCUCCCUACCAUCGCCAUGUGCCUCAGCAGCAGCAACUAUAUCCUCACCAUCACCAUCCUCUUCUUCAUAUUCAACAACAGCAACAAUCACCACCGCCCUUUGCACCUCAUCCACCCCCUCAUCUCAUAUCCCCUUCCCCUUACAUGCACCCAUUUGAUUCAGCCCCUCCCCCAGCUGUGCCUCCAUCUGAUCCUGAGCUCCACAAACGAAUUGAUAAAUUAGUGGAAUAUGCUGCCAAGAAUGGUCCUGAAUUUGAAGCUAUGAUCCGUGAGAAGCAGCAGGACAACCCUGCUUACAGUUUCCUAUUUGGUGGUGAGGGUCACAACUACUACAGAUACAAACUCUGGCUCUCCACACGGCCACCUGGUUCAGCCUUCAAUCCUUCCUUUCCUUCCUCAUCUAUGCCUGUGAUGCCUUCAUCUCACAAUCCCAUGUUAAAUCCAUCUCCCCUAAACCCUCCACCCAUGGGAGCUGGUGGUGCUCCAGGUUCUAUGAUGGGAACACCUCAAUUGCACCAGCCUUAUCCACCCUAUUACGAUCAGCAUCAACAACCUCCACACCCCCAACCGUUCAUGGGCCAAGCUCGAGCUGAUUAUGAGCCUUCAACAAGAUCUUUCAAGGGCCUAUCAGGACCACUUCCAUCCGAUGUUGCAGCUGAGCUUAACAAUGUGCUGAGUAAUCUCACAGGUACUAAAGAAUCAAUUAAGGGAGCCAAGAUGUGGUUUAUGCAAAGAUCACCAUUUGCACCGGCUCUGGCUGAAGCCCUCAGAGAUAGGAUUUUUGCUCUAGAUGAUUCAGAGAGGCAACUGCACAUCAUUUUCUUGGCCAAUGAUAUUCUUUUUGACAGCUUGCAGCGGCGGAUGAAUCCUCAAGAUCUUGAUAAUGAGGCUCUGGCAUUUAAACCUGUACUGGGAUCCAUGCUUGCGAGGAUUUACGAUAAUCCACAUAACAAAGAUUCUAACCAGUCACGGUUGGAGAAGAUUUUACAGUUCUGGGCUUCGAAGGAAGUUUAUGACAAGGAAACUAUUGCUAUCCUUGAAAAUGAGAUGACAGGUGGAGCACCUUUGCGUUCAACAACACAGAGAGAAUCUUCAGAUCCCACAGGAUUGCAACAUAUACCUCAACAGUGGCAUCUAGAUCAGCAGAACUCUUCACCAGGUUCCCUAGAUCAACAGGAGAUGGAGAAACGACUGCCUUCUGCAUCAGCCCCACCAUCCCAAUUUGCACCACCUUUGUCUCAGCCAUUCCUCACAAACCAAUUACAGGCUGGCAUUUACCCGCAUGCUGCUACGAAUUUGUUUCCAGGGACUGCACCAGUACAAUCAAAUGCCCCUAUUGUGGCACAACCACCAAUUUCUCACUUGCAACCCAAUUCUGCAGCCAACAUAACUGACCAAAGCCCCCCACCAUAUCCACUUUUUCCCCCUGGUCUCAUUCCUGGCAUGGUCAGGAAGAUGCAGAUUGGUAGUGGUGUUCCCUACUCUCCCAUGAGCCCAUUAGAUAUACCCACUGUGAUUCCACCAUCCACUGUGUCCCAGUCAGAGAUUCUUGACAGAGUCUCAAAAUUCUUCAAGGAAAUUGGUGAGGUGAACCCAUCCGAAGGGCCUAUGAGAUCAUCCGAGUCAAAUGAUGAAGAUGGUGAGUAUGAACAUGAGCCUCCUGUUCGCAAGGGAGGGGCUUGCAUUCCUCCACCUCCUAACUUGCAGGUGGACCCAGAGACUGGAACUUAUGCAGAUGGGAGCGUGGAUCGCAAACCAGGAUCAAGCAGCUCAGGCCGGUUGGGACUGGGGGCUACUGCCAAUCCUAAUGAAGUGAGUCAAUAUGAUGAUGUCUAUACUUCGUACCGCAAGCAGAGAAGCACCAGCUACCAUUCUUCUAUGAGUGCAAGAGCUGCAGCAAGGUGA